AGGAGCUGCGGCGCCGCUGGGACUCGCCUUCUCCCGGCAGCCGGGGCGAGGCGGACGGCGAGGCGGCCCCCGGCCGGCGGCGGUGCGGGGCGCUGGAGCCGCGGCAGGAUGAACCCCAAUGUCACCUACGCUAGUCGCAAGCGGCGGAAACCUGUGCAGAAAAUAGUAAAGCCAUCUCCAGCCGAAGGAGUCAAAUCCAAUCCCUCCAAGAGGCACAGGGACCGUUUGAAUGCGGAGUUGGAUCGCUUGGCAAGCCUUCUGCCUUUCCCUCAAGAUGUUAUCGCCAAAUUGGAUAAGUUGUCUGUGCUUAGGCUCAGCGUCAGUUACUUGCGAGCCAAGAGUUUUUUUGAAGUUGCAUUAAAAUCUUCAAACUCUACAAGACUAGAAAGAAAUGGCGUUCAGGAAAACAGAACAGCAAGACUUGGAGAAGGGAUGCAGAUCCUGGAAGGAGAGCUCUUACUGCAGGCAUUAAAUGGCUUCGUAUUAGUUGUGACAGCAGACGCUCUGGUUUUUUACGUCUCAUCUACCAUCCAAGACUACCUGGGUUUCCAGCAAUCUGAUAUUAUACACCAGAGUGUAUUUGAAUUGAUUCACACUGAAGACAGACCCGAGUUUCAACGUCAGCUACACUGGGCACUAAACCCUGCCCAGUCUGCAGAUUCUGGACCUAGUGUGCAAGGAGAUAAUGGCUUUUCACAGCCAGCAAACUAUUAUAACCCAGACCAACUUCCUCCAGAGAAUUCUUCCUUUAUGGAAAGGAAUUUCAUCUGCAGAUUACGAUGUCUCCUGGAUAACUCAUCUGGGUUUCUGGCUAUGAAUUUUCAAGGACGAUUAAAGUUUCUCCAUGGACAAAACAAGAAAGGGAAGGAUGGUGCUGCAUUGUCUCCACAGCUGGCUCUGUUUGCGGUAGCAACUCCCCUACAACCACCUUCUAUCCUUGAGAUACGAACCAAAAACUUCAUCUUCAGAACAAAACACAAACUGGAUUUCACACCUGUUGGCUGUGAUGCAAAAGGAAAGAUUGUCUUGGGAUACACUGAAGCAGAGCUGUGUAUGAGAGGAACAGGAUACCAGUUCAUUCAUGCAGCUGAUAUGCUUUAUUGUGCUGAAAAUCAUGUCCGAAUGAUGAAGACAGGUGAGAGUGGAAUGACUGUCUUCAGGCUUCUAACCAAAGAAAAUCGGUGGGCCUGGGUACAGGCAAAUGCACGCCUUGUCUAUAAAAAUGGAAGACCGGAUUACAUCAUUGCCACACAAAGACCUCUUACAGAUGAAGAAGGAGCAGAACAUCUACGGAAGCGUAACAUGAAAUUGCCCUUCAUGUUUGCCACUGGUGAGGCUGUGUUAUAUGAGCUGUCUUUCCCCAUGUCCGGCUUAUCAGAUGCCUCUCAGACAAGGAGUAAAACCACCACAGGAAAAGGAGGCAAAACUACAUUACACAGGGAUUCUGUGGAUCCAAAUUCCCUUCUAGGUGCCAUGUUAAGGCAAGAUGAGUCUGUGUAUCUCUGUCCUCCAGCAUCACACAAACUUUCCUUUGAGUGGAACUUCUUUGCAGACAGCAGGGAUGAACUGAGUGGUGUUGUUAGCAGUGACUGGACAGAUAGUCUCCUACCUGCUGGAAGUCACAAUAUUCUCAAGAGGGAAUUAAUGGAGUGUUCCCAGGACAGCAGUGUGCCGCCUCCUGAAGACAGUGCAGCGCUCUUUCAAGAUAACAAAACAAAUGAUUUGUAUAGCAUCAUGAAAAAUCUGGGUAUUGACUUUGAAGAUCUAAAGUGUAUUCAGCAGGAUGAGGAGUUUUUUAAAACCGAAUUAUCUGGUAUGGAUGAUAUUGGGGACAUUGACAUCACUGAUGAAAUCCUGACUUAUGUGCAGGAUUCCUUAAAUAAGUCUGACUUCUUAUAUUUGGGCUGUAACCAGCAGCAGCCCCUGGUCGAGAAUGCUGGUUGCUUGGUACAGCAAGAAUUAGAUCAGCAUCAAAUUCAUCAGCAUCAGAAAGAGCUCAUGGAGCAGCAGCAACAACAACAACAACAUCAGCUCUGUCAGAAAAUGAAACAUAUGCAAGUCAAUGGGAUGUUCACAAAUUGGAGCCCUGGCACCAGCAUGCCUCUUUGCUCACAGCAGCAGCCCCAGCAAUACACGUUCCCUGACAUGCAAGCCACUGCUGCUGAGUUUUCUUACAAAUCAGAAGUAAAUGCUUCACCCUAUGCAUGCAGGCAAGAAUUUGUUCCUUACAAGCAACCCACAGCAUUGAUGCCACAGCUUUCUAACUUUUCCCAAAUGGAUUUCCCUGUACCAGGACUUGACAGAUCAGCCUAUUCUGCUUCUUCCAACUUGGAGGAUUUUAUUGGUUGUUUGCAGCAGGCCCCUGAAAAUCUUGACUGUGGGAUAAACUCUGAGUCGGUUAUGCUAACCCCCCAAACAUGUUAUGCAGGUGCUGUUUCUAUGUACCAGUGCACGCAAGAAGCACAGCCAAACAGCAUGGAUCAAAUGCAAUAUGAUCCCAUGAUGGCAAAUCAGCAAACAUUGUUAAACAAGUUCCAAAAUGGUUUCAAUGGAGGAAAUGUAAAUGAAGCAUAUCCCUCUCAGUUAGAUGUGAUAAGUAAUUCACAAACUGCCACACAUCUUCAACCUGUUCAUCAUCCAACAGAGCCCAGAUCCUUCCCAGAUUUGGCAUCUAGUGGAUUUAUGUAAUUCAGAUCUAGAGCUCCAUCUGUGAUUUUGUCUGGGUAUCAGGCUGCUCUGAGGAAAAGCUUGAUAAGUCUGUCUUUCAACAUUGGACUUCAACAGCUAAAUUAGAUUUUGAAAAACUGAGGUUGAUUGCACUAUGUACUGGUGGAUAUGUAAUCCAAGACCCUAACUUCUUAGGGUGGCAGGUGGAAUUAAAACUCUUGACUUAAAAAUAUGCACGUGCUGUUUUCCAUCAGACUGACUGUGUCAUUGUGAUAUGGAUUACAUAUGUACUAAAGACUAUGUCAUGCUAUACAACAUAAGAUAAGGCAAAUGGUUUUGUUAUUUAGAAAAAUAAUUGGGCACUUUACAAAUAGCACCAUUGGCACAAGGAAGAUAAUUUCACACUUGGAUUAUUUCCAGACUUCAUGAAAAAAAAUAAUUAAAAAAUUAAAAAGCUCUGAAAUGAGAAUCAAAAGCACUUAAUUUAAUGCAUACGAAGCUCUUUAAUCACUUAUUUUAUAUGUAAAUCCUUUUGUUUUAAGUCUCCAUUUCUAGCACUUUAAUAGAAGGCUUAAUACAAGGAUACGAUAUGCAAAUUCAGGUUUUCUAUGGAACAGAUCCCUUGCAUUCCUCCUUUUCUCGUCAACCUUAAGUGCCUCACAGUUUAGCUACCUUGUUUCUGACAGGGGCUUGUCUUAGCAAAACUCACUAUAGAUGUCAUCCAUAUUCUGUGAACUUUUAUCUAACAUCUACAGUGCUACUGGCUGUAUCCUUUUCUCCCCCCCAAAGACAAUUUAUUUAGAGUAUGACUUAAUUAUUUAUCUAUGAAUUUGUUACACUAUGAUCAGGAGCUAUUAGUGUUCUGAAUUUAGUUCAUCAAAAGAAUUUUGGUUUAUUCUGUACUGCUUUUCUGCUUUCUUCAGGUAAUACAGGGUAUGUUAAAAAAGCAGAUUUUGCCGAUGGGGAAGAGCAGUUCCUCAGGAUUGGUUUUAGAUUAUUAAUGUUGAAAAACAUGUGCCUUAUCUUGUGUUAAAACACUCAUAAUGUUCUUUAGAAAUAACGCAAGGCUGCUCUAUGCAAAUACUUUCAUUAAAAUGGAUAUUGAAAAGAUUUGCAUUUUAAAUAAGGGGGAAAGGAGUCUCAAUAAUGAGUGGUAUUGACACUUUGACCGCAGGUUUCAAUGUUCAUAGUGGGGAAGGGGUCAAUUUGGGUUAAAAUUUUAUUCCUAGCAACUUGCACUGCAACGGACCGAGAGGCUAUUCCUUUAAUGUAUUUGUAUAUGAGCUUUGUGCAAAAUACGAAAACGGGAAAGGAAACAAAAAGUCAUUAGAGAAAUUCUACUUCUAAUUGGUUUGAUUUUCAAGAGGUUAAAAACAA